CCGUGUUCCGCGCUCGUUCUCGCUCCCUCCUCCUCCUCCUUCACCUCCUCCUCUCUCGGAGGAGCUACCGGCUGUUGUGUGGCGUCGCUGGUCUGUCCCGGCGGAUGGCAGCCUGAGUGUUCGUGAGCGCGUGUGGGAGAAGGUGAGGCGCGGACGCGCGUGGGCGAGGAGCAGAGUCAGCCGUGGCCGCCCCGUGUCGCACCCGUAGCAGCACGCGCGGCCAACCGCGCGCGAGCCGGCGCCCCGGGAGCGCGGGGACAAGGGCGGACGCUGCUCCCCGCCCCCAGCGCGUCCCUCGGCUGUCGCGCGCCCGCGGGGACCGCCCGGCGCUCCCCUGGAUGUCCCCGGCGCCCGCGCGGGGCCUCCUGCCGUCGACGCGUGAGGCGGGCUGGUGCUGCCGCCGGCGGGUGUAGCUCGGGGGCUGCGGCUGCCGCGCGGCCCGGUCCCCACCGCGGCCCUCGGCCCCCCGCCCCAGCACCCCGGCCUUGGAGGCUGUGACAAUGGACUAUGACUUUAAAGUGAAGCUGAGCAGCGAGCGGGAGCGGGUCGAGGACCUGUUUGAAUACGAGGGCUGCAAAGUUGGUCGAGGCACUUACGGGCACGUCUACAAGGCGAAGAGGAAAGAUGGGAAGGACGAUAAAGACUACGCUUUAAAACAAAUAGAAGGAACUGGAAUUUCUAUGUCGGCCUGCAGAGAGAUAGCAUUACUUCGAGAGCUUAAGCACCCAAACGUCAUCUCUCUUCUGAAGGUGUUUCUGUCUCAUGCUGAUCGGAAAGUAUGGCUUCUCUUUGACUAUGCUGAACAUGACCUCUGGCAUAUAAUUAAGUUUCACAGAGCUUCGAAAGCCAACAAGAAGCCAGUUCAGUUACCUCGGGGAAUGGUGAAGUCACUGUUGUACCAGAUCCUGGAUGGGAUUCACUAUCUUCAUGCCAACUGGGUGUUGCACAGGGAUUUGAAACCUGCUAAUAUUUUAGUUAUGGGUGAAGGUCCUGAGCGAGGAAGAGUAAAAAUUGCUGACAUGGGCUUUGCCAGAUUAUUUAAUUCACCUUUGAAGCCUUUAGCAGAUUUGGAUCCAGUGGUUGUAACAUUCUGGUACCGAGCUCCAGAAUUACUCCUCGGAGCGCGACAUUAUACCAAAGCAAUUGAUAUUUGGGCUAUAGGGUGUAUAUUUGCAGAACUACUAACGUCAGAACCAAUAUUUCACUGUCGACAAGAGGACAUCAAAACUAGUAAUCCUUAUCACCAUGACCAGCUGGACAGAAUAUUCAAUGUAAUGGGAUUCCCUGCAGAUAAAGAUUGGGAAGAUAUAAAAAAGAUGCCCGAACAUUCAACAUUAAUGAAAGAUUUCAGAAGAAAUACGUAUACCAAUUGCAGCCUUAUCAAGUAUAUGGAAAAGCAUAAAGUUAAACCUGACAGUAAAGCAUUCCACUUGCUUCAGAAGUUGCUCACUAUGGACCCAAUAAAGCGAAUUACCUCAGAGCAGGCCAUGCAGGACCCCUACUUCCUAGAAGACCCACUUCCCACGUCAGAUGUUUUCGCCGGUUGUCAAAUCCCUUAUCCCAAACGAGAAUUUUUAACAGAAGAGGAGCCUGAUGAGAAAGGAGACAAAAAGAACCAGCAGCAGCAGCAGGGCAAUAACCACACUAAUGGAACUGGCCAUCCAGGGAACCAGGACAGCGGCCACGCACAAGGGCCCCCCUUGAAAAAAGUGAGAGUUGUCCCUCCUACCACUACCUCAGGUGGACUCAUCAUGACCUCCGACUAUCAGCGUUCCAAUCCACAUGCUGCUUAUCCCAACCCUGGACCAAGCACAUCACAGCCCCAGAGCAGCAUGGGAUACUCAGCUACCUCCCAGCAGCCUCCACAGUACUCACAUCAGACACAUCGGUACUGAGCUGUGCUGGAGUCUGUCAGUGCACUGUUGCUCAUGCUGCAGGAUGGCUGCAGCCCUCUGCGGGAACCUGGUGUGGGCCAUGCGAAUGUACUGUACAACCACAUCUUCACAAUGUCCAGUAGCCGCGUUCCACCAGUUGUCACAGAUUGGGGUGGUAGCUUCAGGUUGUACCUAAGUUUGGAGUUAGACUUGAAAUGAAAGUGCUAGCACAGUUGUGUUGUGGGUUUGCUACUUCCAUAGUUUACUUGACAUGGUUCAGACUGACCAAGCAUAGUUUUCAGUGACAGUCUGUAGCAGUUGAAGCUGUGAAAUGUGCUAGGGCGAGCAUUUGUCCUCAUGUGUGGUGACUUUCAGUGUAACAGCGUUAUCUGACCAAUAGUACACACAGACGCAAGGUUUAACUGGUACUUGAAACACAGAUUAUGUUAACAAAAUAACCAAGACUUAAAGAUUAUUUUGGUACACCUUUCUUUUUAGUGUCUUAUCAGUGAGUUGAUUCAUCUUCUACAUAAAUCAGUGUUUUAUGACCAAGAAUAUUGCUUGGAUUAUUUUGAAAGUACAAAAGAACCACAUAGUUUCUACUGACAGGUUUCAGAACUCCCAAAGAUUAAUUUCCAACUUAGAGGUUUGUUUUUAUUUUCAACCUAUGACUUGACUGGUCUUAAAGCUGCUAUUUGAUAGUAAUUAAAUAUGUUGUCAUUGAUAUAAGCCUGUUGGUUCAGCAAACUGAAAUGAUUGUCGCAGACAGUGUUUUCUUUUCCUUGUUGGUGUUGCCGAUUUGUGAGCAUGCUUUCUGAUUGCAAAAGCAUGAGUGGCGACCUCCGUGAGGCACAGUGUCCUCCGUGAGGCACGGCGUCAGUCUGCACUCUUCUGUCCUGAUUUGAAGCUGCCUAGUGUAGUGCUAUUACAAUUUUGUUCAGUUAACUUUCUUUUUAAAAGGUUGUUCGCACAUUUUUAGGGUGCCCUUACUUCAGCAGAGGAGAGGGAGUAGGAGAGCCUUAGAACUUUUGAGGGGAAAACAAAAAGCUAUAACGUACAACGUACUGUAUCAAACUAUUUUACAUGAAUGACACAAGUAUUCUGAAUAAAAAAAUUGAACAUUGUUAAAAACAAGGUGUUAUGUAAUAAAUUUAUUUUUCAUAAAUCAA